AUGAUCUUCUUCGAUGUUGUAUUCUCAAGCUUAGUUCUCGUCGUUCCCUCAUAUACGCUUUAUGACGACCUUGCUUGCGUGAAGGAUGAUUCUCGAUAUCGUAUAAUAGUGGAAGGUAAAUCACCUCAUACCAGUUGCGCUCGGAUCACUGUUACUGCAAGAGCCGAUAUGAACGCUUGUCCUGCCAUCAAAGUGCAGAUAGGUGUUUCGAGCCAUUUAGAGGGGUUUUGCACGCGAUGGGAUGCAACAGGGAGUAAAUAUAACAAAAGUUACAGUGGACCUCUUAUCACACAUGAGCUCAUUGAGUGUCAAUGCAGCAUUGAGGAGAAAUGCAACGGCAAUUUCCCAACACUUUUUCAGGUUGUAAGAGAUUGA